AUGGUCGUCUUCAGUCCACAGAAGCCACUCCGAAUCCUCCACCAAGCUCCCUUGACGCCCAAGAUCAUUUCCGAGGCGAAGAUGAUUGUGCAGCUCUUUGAGCGCUUGGCCGACCAAAGAGCAAGCGAAAGAUUGAGGAAAUGCAAGCAGCGGAUUCGAACCUGGAAAUUGAGGAAGCCCAGUCGGGUAUCUCAGCUGAUGACCGACGACAAUAUCGCAAGCAUCAAUUCUCAGGACAAGAAAACAGAAACACACACGCCCAAAAGCAGGCCACCAAAGCCUCAACCAGACAGUCAAGGGCUUGUCGAUCAUCCUCCACAACAAAUACGGCUACACGUAGCAACUUAUCAAGUGAGCAACCAUCAUGUGACCAGGCGAGUUGCGUCCGAACCAUACCCCGACUAUUCUGGUGCUGCCUCUGUGGUAAUCUUUAGUGGCAGUACCAGCAUUCAGGAGAAAAGAUCUGUAAUGAGAAGCUUUGAACGUCUGGAAAGCAUACUGAUCGUGGCCGUGGCUAUUGGUGAUAUCGUAACAGAGCAAUGGAUCAUCGACAUUCAUCGAUUUGGACGGGUUCCAGCACUUCAAGGGGACAUACCACUGGACAGAUCUCGAGAGCGGCGAUGGGAUUUCGGCCUCAAGGAUGCCAUUGGAAGGGGCAAGACCGGCUUGACGCAUCUCCUUGCCGGGAUCAUGGUCUUUCUCACGAAGCAGCUCAGAUCAGACUUGGAGAAUUCGGACCGAGAGACUUCUCAAAUCGCCACCAUGAUAGGUGCAGACGCAGUUAAACAUUGUUUGCCUGCCUUGAAAGACGAGGGCAAGUUCAGCGAGCCAGAGAUCGACUUGGAGAAGGAUCUGCAAAAUUCAAAUCCAAGGUGUGAUGAAAGUACCUAG